CAUGGAUCGUUACGUCGGAAACGAAGGAGAGCACUCGCGGAAAACACUCUUGUUCUUCUCGUAGUACCCGUGGUUCGCGCGCGAACGAGGAAAGCAUGAGAAAUUCAUCGUCGUGUACGCGCCGCCAGUCGAUGCCGGGUAGCGCGCCAGUAACAGACGCGCAGGCCGACCUUACCCAUUACCCGCAGCGACCUUUAAUUUCAACCGUGCCUCCGACCGCGCGUGUUCCGCGGAUCGGUGAGCAACUACCGCCAACAACGCUACACCGUUCGCGCAUUAGGACAACCGAGGCAGGCCGGAAGAAAUGCAGCAUUUCAGCUAGACACGUCGGCGGUCGCACCCUCGCGCGCAAUUUGCCAAGAAGUUCGCCGCGCUCCGAUGUACGAAGGAAGCGUGAGGAGGAGGAGGAGGGCGCUGAAGGAGAUAGCAACACCUGUGAAAUGCAGCGCGUCGCAUGCUCCAGCCCACGAAUCGUUUGCGAUGAAAAAAACGAUGUUGCCGGGAAAAUGUCCUUUCGUUUCAUUCAUUUCGACGUUAAUUCCGAUCAAAAAUUUCACAGAGUACACGUUUCACGGAACCUCAUCUUUAAUUCUCGCGAGGAAGGACAAAAAUUUUCUCUGGAUUUACCAUGCGUGUUUGUUUGACUCGGGUUUAUUUAAUUAAACAACAUAAUUUAAUAUCGAGUAGCAUUUUAUUUAAGCAAAAAUGUUAGUCCACUAGAGUAAAUCAUGUUGUUUGAU